AUGUCUACUACACCUCAAACAAACAGAUUCUUAAAUGUAACAGCAGCUUCAUCACCUUUAUCUGCUGUUUUCAAUACGCCGACGACACCAUCAGCAACAUCGUCAGUUAGUUUUUUACCUUCUGUACCAGAAACAUUUGUCGCUCAAUCAGAUAAAGUUUUUAGCAUUGACAAUGCAACUUUUUCCAUGGAUAAUAAAGUUUCAGCUACAUAUGUUUGGUUCGUUGGGGAUUUUCAUCAUUUUUACAAAAAUCCAACGCAUUGCACAACUGUAUGGAGUAAAGCAUUUUAUUCACCAAGUAUGGCUAAUAAUUUGCACUUAAAUCAGAACAACAAUCAUACAUCCACCACUUCCAAUAGUACUAUUACCAGUAGUCUCACCGCAACACAAAAUAUUAUUGAGGAUGACACUAAUACGAUGAUGAUAGAUAAUCCUUUGGAUAAUGCAGACGAGCAAGAUUAUCACACCUGGAGAUUAUGUUUGUUCCCACAUGGUUAUAAGACUGAUCAACAUAUUUCCUUGUUCCUUUACGCGUUUCAAACAGAUUCAGAAAAGAAAAAUGGAAUUUUAAUGAGGCCAGUUAAAUAUUCUUUUGAACUUUUUAAGCUUGUAACAAAUCCUAUACCAAAAUUGCAAAGUUUAAAUGUUACUCAAACAAUUUUUAAAAAGGAUUUUAAUCUUGAUCAAAAAGGCGAUAGUGGUGGUAAAGCAAAAUUUUGUGAAUUAUCAAACAUCUUUCCUGAUAAUGAUGUUACGGUUAAAACUGAUAUUGUGAUCAAAGUACAAUUUGUUAUUGAAGAUUUCAGUGAUGUAAAAUUCAGCUUUAGCAAUGAAUUAGAAAUCAAAGCUUCGAGAUUAGCAUUAUCAGCAAGAUCGUCUUAUUUUGAUAAAAUGUUUAGUGGAGAAUGGGCAGAUACCAAAUCUGCUACAAUUCCCAUCAAAGAUGUUUCCUAUCAAUGCUUUAAAUUGAUAAUUUAUUACUUAUACACUGGUGACUUGAAAAAUGAUUUACCAUUUGAUGUGCUAAAAGAUCUAUGUGUAGAGACGGAAAGCAGAGGAAUUUCAGAAUUGAGUGAAUUGGUUUCAUCAAGAAUCAUCAAUAAGGUUAACUAUGAUAAUUGGAGCGAUGCAUUGUUGAUUGGUCGAAAAACGAAAAAUAAUCAUUUAAAAAAUGUUGCACUGAAAUUUAUUAAUGAACAUUGGGAAAACGUCAGGGAAGAUCAAAAAUUUCGGGACAUCAUAUCAAUUGGUGAUUUUGAAUUGGGUGAAGAAAUAUUUCAUGCGAGAUAUUUUGGAGUAGUUAGUUAG